CCGCUCUUUUCUUCCUGCCCCGAACCACUCUGCAAGCGCAAGCGGCGGCCGCUACGACUCCCUCAGCCUACGAGGACAAUGUCUCUCAAGUCCCGGAUAACAUUUUACAGUCUCACCCUCUCCUUCUCGUGCUUCCAAAUUGUGUUCGGACUCGUUUCCAGCUUUUUCUCUGGAUUUUCGCCAUACCUUUAUAUCUUUGGUAAGAUCGCCGGAGGCCUGGCGGUGAUCAGCCUAGUCUGGACUAGCGUCCUUUUGGCGUACAACAACCGGCCACUGUCGACCUAUGCCCUCACCAAAUCCGCAAUCCAUUUAUACUCUUUCACCGUAUUGAGUAUCACAUGGCUAGCGGUAGGAAUCAUGGUCUCAACACAAGCGCAUUACGAAUGCAAUUUUACACGAUAUUCCGACGGUGAAGCAGGGGUCUGGUGUGGAAUGACUGUUACGUCAGGUGGGAUUGCUUUCCUCACCGCCGUAUUCGCUGCGGUCUCAGCGGCCCUUGUUCAUCGCGCGGCUGGGAAAUCGGCUGCUGGGCUUCAGGCGAACGUUGCUGAGAGUGAUAAGAAGGGAAUAAGUUAAUGAAUAUCCGAUACUCGCAUCGUGCCAGAGCAUAUAUUUUAUACAGCGAUGCCUGGCAUGUAUUUCAAGGGACAAAUACCAGCCCACCUCAUUCACCUCA